AUUUCAGCCAAUGGUCUUGGUAAACCAUUCAGCAUUCUUCAUGGUAUGAAGCCAGUCCUGCCAGGUGACAGUGAUCUCAGUCGGCUACUUUAUCCAGUAACGAAAUCUAAACUGUUUGACAACAUCCAACAUGAAACCACCCAAACCGGAAUUACAUAUUUCGGUGGCUUUAUCCAGGUGACGUACCAUCCAGAUGAAAGAGAUUUGAUCAAGACGUUCCUCUCGAUUUGGCAUUUCGAAGAUGAGACCAGAGACGCGGCGGCAUUUACAUAUCAGCCGACUUCAACGACCGCGUCCCAAAGUAGCAUGAGGCCCUAUGCUCAACUCCUUGGGAUAACACCUGACAACAUGGUGGGGAAAUCCUACGUUCUGGCACGAUAUUGGAAGAAUAUAAGCAAGACAACUAUGACCAACGCAGAUUUUUCAAAUCUUACAUCAUCCGCCGUUUCUUCUGAUGCUACAAGCGACAAGAUAACGGAACUGUUCUCAGAAUAUGGUACCCAUUACGUUUCCGGUUAUGAGAUUGGCGACCUAAUUUACCAAGUAUUUGUGUAUGACAAAGAAAUCGGCAGCAAAGACAUUCUUAAAUUCCCCUUUCAAGAUCCUGCAUACAGUUUCGGUUCCAAAAGUUACGCGUUUCGCCAGUUAACCCAGCCAAGAAAGGGCGACAAGGGAUUCAGUCGUGAGGCCGGAAGGAUUUUGUCAGCCAGCGGUGAUGCUGCUUUGAAGAACAUCAUACCAAAGUUGAAGGAUGAUAUCUACAGGGUUGCUGCAAGUAUCUUUAUGUUCCCAGUAAGCCCAUCUGCAGACAAAAUGACAGACACCCUUACCAAAACAAUUCCUAUACGCGUUUUCUUCAAACCCAUCGUCAAUAAACUCUUGACGACCGAAUCACCAUCGAAGUCAACAUGGAAUGAUGUUUUGUCCGCUACAGUUUUUCAGAAAUUUGGGAAAGCUAGCCUUCCGAACUUCCCUACUACCCAGAGCCUUAAUGUUGAGGGUUUCUAUGGCAGUUUCAAUCCAGAUCUUGUAACAUCUACCGCAACUAACUACAUUACUAUAACCCAGGUGAACUUCAAGUUGGACGAUUUCGUAGUUUCAGACCCCAAGUUCGUCACACAUUUAUUUAUUUAUGCAGAUGUCUUGGAAAUCAGCGAAACUGCUCAGUUGAGGCUGCCCGGGUCCAGAAAGAUAUUUCUUGUAUGCCGAGAAUUCGUGGCGUCGUCCUCUGGUAACAAGGUUCCAGAAAUAAUGGUUGGCUCCCACGCAAAUUCUGAGCCCUUCAUCAAAAUAAUUGCCAAGCGAUUUCGUGGUAUUUUGAAGCUGACCCAAUCCAAGAAUGGCAAACACUACACAUAUGCAAACGAAUACGUCUACAAAACAGUAAAAGAUCGGAACUUAAGCGGCCAAUUUACAGUUAAGGAGGAAAAUACAAAGAAACUUCUUUAUCCUGACAAACAAACUGCAGCGGAACUUUACGACAAUACCGGAACAACAAACGAAGCGAGGUGGCUACACCAAAGCUUGGUUAACAGCCUGGAGUUGACUGUGACCAGUGUAGAAAGCAUUUUAACGGUCCGUGCCAGUAGCCAAUCAGUUAAAACAGCAAGCGAAAGUUUGAACUGGGUUACAGAAACCCUGACAAGAAGCGCCAAGGGAUCUUCGCCUUUAUCUCCCGACCUUGAAAUGGUCCUUGGUCGUGUUUUAUUGUUAGGUAAGACCCAAUUGACAGAAUACGCCAGGUCAAGACUCAUCGUUCCCAGAUUGAACUUCCCCCAAUACCAACCCCUUUACGAACGACUAUUGACAGCUGUCUCCAACUAUGAAACCACAUACAGAACAGUCUCCACUGAAAUACAACGCCGCAGGCUAGUAGAGACUACAACAAAUUCCCUACAGGAGCUAAACAGAAAUGUAAAGAGCAUUGGUUCUUUCCUGGUUGAACAGGCUGAAGUCAACGCGCAGCAUCAAGACGACGUUGCGAAGACCCAGCAAGCUGUCCAUGACUUGGAGAAAGAUCAAAUCAGCCGGAAACAAGGUGAAGCUGACAAGUUACUUCAGGAGAUCCUGAAAAUACAGAAUGACGUGAAAACUACUGGAGAUGCAUUGAUUAAAGCACUUAAACAGUACGAAAAAGAGCAAAUAAUAUCAGCAGUUUUGAACGUUGCCGAAGUUAUUGGAUCGUUGUUCACAGGAGGCGUCGGCUUGGCAAAUAUCGACAAGAAGCUGACAGGAAUUGUUCGGAUUGCGGAAAAGUUAAAGAACGUUGUUACAAUAAUUGAACAAGUGAGUAAACUUUACGACCUUGGCAGAAAUUUGAGGAAUGAUAUCGGCACGAUCAACCGAGCUUUGGAAAACAUCCCAAGUACAGCGGUCGGUACAGAUAGUUUCCCGACGGAACUGGAAUGGAUUGAUUUUGACACAGAUGUGCAGUCGUUUACAACGCCGGGCGGCUUUCUCCCAGGUCAAGUGGCCGGAGAGGCACUUGAUUUUCAACGUGCUGCCAAACGUUUAUCGGCUAGGGGUAGGAGGUACGUAAACAUUGCUGCAAACAUAGCCGAACGAAAAUACAAACAGAUACAAAUUGAAAUGCAGAGAGAUCUCGCCAAACGACAGAGCAAUCGUUUACGAGCACUCAAGACAAGAUUAACACAAAACGACCUCUCAAAUCACGAUGCAAAAACUACCGAUCUCUUUGAAAUUGGUAACAUCAUCAAAAUGAAAGAGAAUCAAGUUCGUUCGCAGCUUAUCCAAACGUUUGUAAGCAUGGAUGCUGCCCUGCAAUACUACUAUCUUCAGAAACCAACCCUGGUGACAAGUUACGACACUAUGGCCAUUCAAGUGGCAGCCGUUCGUCAGAUGCAAUCGUCUAUUUCAGCACUGGAAAACUUUCCCUCCCGUCCUGUGGACCUGUCAAAGCCAAUCGACUUCACUGUUCCUAAUGUAGCAGUUAACGAUUUGCUCUCCAAGGAAGGGUAUACUAUCCCAGUUCCACUGAGUUCUCUUCCCUUCCGUGAUUAUGUGCGCGUUCGCGUUUUGAAAAUAGAAGUACGCGCAGACAAUAUUUUAGAGUCAGCGGAUGACACUGCAUAUAUCCAAGCCACCGCCUUGGGAGAAUCAUUCCAAGAUAGAGACCUUGAUCGUAAUCCAAGAAUCUUUUCAACCACACCCACUGAAUAUCGCUUUGUCUACAACAUUAAAACUGGAAAAUCGGUUGUAAGUGUAAAUCCAUCUCCGAAUUUUGUCAAUAAGUUUAUACAAGUGACGCCGUUUGACGACUGGGUAUUUCGUUUUCCAAAAGUGACCACCAACAAAGGAAUUCGUUUCUCGACAAAACUUACCACUCUCAGAAUUAAAUUCUACGUGAACGUCAUCUUUCACCCUCCACCAUCGACUAACAAUGAUCAACUUCUCCAUCGACGUCUCUCCGACGAUGUGUUAGGUAGCAAGGAUAAACUUCUCACCGAUCUAAGUGGUCGCUCACUGGUGCGUGAAUGGGAUGCCACAAUGGCAGUAAGCGCUGAGCGCGUGAAUGAGCUUUGGAAAAAUCAGUACGACGCUAACACCAACGCUGGUUUCGUGAAAAGUAUAACAACUGCAAGGACACUGGCCUCAGAUAGCAGAAGUUUUAGGGUGGAAACGAGAGUUAUGAUGAAAGUCGGUCCGCCCAUUAUCCAGUUUGUUAGAAACAACCAAGACAGGGCAACUCUGAAAAUCAAAAUCAAAAGUGCAGUAAUGGAGUACUGGGAGUUUAGUAAAAGACGUAAAACCGAAGAUAAUUACAAUGAAACCGCAACCUUAAGUGACGGAAGUGAAAUUUCGGGCACCAUGAAUUUACUCCAAGUUCGUGGAUCGUUGACAAAAGAUUCCAGAGUGGUUCUUGAUUUAAGCAAUGGAGUUUUUGAAGUCUUAGAGUUACCUCUUAAAGGACACUUAGAACUAACUAUCAGAAACCAAAUUCAGCUGUUCUUCAACACGAAGUUAAAAUCGACAGAUUUCGAGUUGGCGCGAAUCACGUACGAAGAUAAGCUUACACCAAGCAGUCUUGUGCCUGAUAAGUUUUAUCUUGCAACGGGUGGAUUUGCAACUUCAACUUCUGGCUAUGGAACUUUGUUCAUUUUCUUUAAGACACGUUCUGCCAGCGCGACUGCAACGGAGCAAACCAAACGAGACUUUAACGACCCGCUCUCGAUUGACAAGAAAAUUAUCCCUAACAAGUUUGAAGUUGCUUUGUUCAUCAGUAACAGAAUCAUCUUCAAAGAUAUAAUAAAGGAAGAAAUCAAAAACAAAUUCGGUUUCGGAGUACACACGGACGUUCUUCCAGGGCAAUCGGUAUCACCCAGUCAGCAGUCCCUUUACGUCAAGGGAGAUCAAGGUGCAUCUCGUAGCCUACCUAUGAGGCUACAUUUUUCAAGAUACAAAUCACUGUCAUUUACUUUCACCAUUCCUGGAAACUCCCUUACGGCAAAACCUUUUAAUAAAGGUCAAAAGCUUCAAGUCCACUGGGUCAACAGCAACUUGGCCAUGAGUAUUCCGUAUCCUAGCCAUCAAUGUGGUGGUAUAUUCUGUCAUGAUACAACUGAACACGAAACAGUGACCUUCACCACCAAUUUUGUGAGAAACUUUGUGCCUUCCAUUGACAGAGACUUGACGAUAUCAUACACUGAGGAGGCUGUAUCUGGAUCAGCCAGCAGCAGUGUAUCCUCAAUCACGGAAUGGUGGCGCGGCUCGGAAUUCCGCACUGCUAAGAAUACCAUCACCAGCACAGUGGACAACUACUUGUCAGGAUUGCGAUUCAACUUUCAAAGCAUAUCCGCCUUUGCCAUCACUCAAGUUCUCUUCCCCAGCAAGAAGGUCUUUUACAUGACCGAGGUUUACAUUCCUGGCGACAUGCUUAUUCUUGGUACUGUCAACACAAGUCCCACACCGGCCGCAAAGUGA